AUGCCUUCCAUAGCAUUCUCCAAGCAUCCCCAGCUUCUUCCAAUUCCACGCAACAACAACAACAACAUCAGCUAUUGCAAAAACAACACCAGCGAUUCCAACAACAACAAAAAUCAUAUCCCGUUAUCCACAAGACAGCUUGAAAACCAUGCCUUCUCCUUACUCCAAUCUUGCAAUUCCUUCGCCCACCUUACCCAAAUCCACGCCCAUAUCAUCCGCCACUCCAUCUACCACAACAAUUUCGUUGCCACCAAGCUCGUGUCCUCAUACUUCUCCUCUCAUAACCCUUCUUACGCCCUCUGCGUGUUUGAAGAAAUGCCUCAUCCAAACACCUUCCUCUGGAACGCUGUGAUUAAAGGCCUUGUCAAUCUCAAUUCCCACCAAGAAGCCUUAAUCUUCUACUCCAGAAUGCUCGCACGUGGCUCGGAACCCGACCGCCUCACCUUCCCUUUUACCCUUAAGGCCUGCUCGAAGCUCCUCGCCGCUGAAGAAGGUGAGGCCCUCCAUGGCCAGAUUUUGAAACUGGGUUUUGGUUCCGAUGUCUACACUCAGACCUCGCUGCUGGAUUUUUAUGGUUCCUGCAACGAUAUCUCAGCUGCAUGCCAUGUGUUCAAUAGGAUGCCUGAGAGAGAUGUUGUGAGCUGGAAUGCCAUUGUUGCUUGCUGCGUUCGUUGUGGACUGAUGGAACUUGGUAAGGAGUUGUUUGAAGAGAUGCCUGUUAAGAAUGUUUCUUCUUGGACCACUAUGAUUGGCGGUUUUGUUCAUAUUGGGAGUACUAGGGAGGCCUUAGCAUUGUUUCAUCGAAUGCAGAUGGAUGGCGUGAAGCCUGAUAAGAUGACGAUUGUGACAGUUCUUUCUGCUGUUGCAGAUUUGGGGAUGUUGGAUUUUGGUAAAUGGGUUCAUGACUAUGUGAAGAAGAAUGAGAUUGAGAUCAAUGCUUUUGUGGGUACUGCUCUUAUAGAUAUGUAUGCAAAAUGUGGAAGCAUACAAGAGGCACGAAUAGUGUUCGAUGGCAUAAGUUUAAAAACUAUAUCUUGUUACAAUGCGAUGAUAAUGGGUCUUGCGAUUCAUGCGCUGGGUGAGGAAGCAAUCAGUGUGUUUAGAGAGGCUGAAAGGAUGGGGAUUGGCAUAGACAAUGUUACUAUGAUUGCAAUAUUGAGUGCUUGUAGGCAUUCCGGGUUAGUUGAAGAGGGUGUUAGGUUUUUCAAUUCAAUGAAAGAGGGUUUUGGGAUUGAGGCCAAGAUGGAGCACUACAGAUGCAUGGUCGAUCUUCUAGGAAGGGCUGGAUGGUUUGAUGAGGCGAUGGAGAUGGUUGAGUCGAUUGAAGCGGAUUCCAUUGCCUUGGGAACGCUCGCUUUUGCUUGUCAGAUACAUGGAAAUGUGGGACUUGGAGAGAAAUUGAUGAGCACAAUUUCCAUGUUAGACCCAUCAGAUUGUGGGUUAUUGGUAUUGAAAUCUAAGCUGUAUGCAGCUGAUGGGAAGUGGGAAGAAGCAGCCAAAGUGAGGAGAUUAAUGAAGGAUAGAGGGAAUGAAAAGAAACCGGGGUCCAGUUGGAUUGAAGUGAACAAUGUGAUUCAUGAGUUUGUUGCAGGGGAUGAUUCUCACCCAUAUUCAAAGGAAAUAUACUCCAAGUUGGCAGAGCUGAGUGAACAAAUGAAGUUGCCUGCACCAAUGAAACCGAAGUAA